AUGCUGUCGGCUGUGCUUGUCGCCGGAUUGGCUGUCGCGGCUGCGGCUUCGCCUGUCAUCCCCUCGUUACACAGUCUCUACUCACGGCAAGACGUCCAAAGCCCGUACAAUGCGUCCCUUCCAAACAUUACCAUCUUCGCCACGGGAGGAACCAUCGCCAGUCUGGCUAGCAGCAACACAGAGACGGUGGUUGAGACCGUUGGGCUAGGUGUACAAGAGCUUGUUGCUGCCGUGCCCGAGAUUCUCAACUACUCCAACAUCCAAGGCUAUCAGGUAUCGAACGUGCCUAGCAGUACCUUGAAUCAGACCGUUUUGCUCAAGUUGGCCCCUCUCGUCAUCAAGGAACUCGCUAAAGAUAAUGUCACGGGCGUCGUCAUCACACAUGGCUCAGAUACUCUGGAAGAGACCGCCUACUUCUUGUCCUUGGUCGUCAACUCGACAAAGCCGGUCGUGGUCGUGGGCGCUAUGAGACCAGCCACAGCAUUGAGUGCCGAUGGCCCUUUGAAUCUUCUACAGGCCGUCAGUCUGGCUUCUUCGCCCAGUGCAAGGGGCCGUGGUGUUAUGAUCACUUUGAAUGACCGUAUCGGAAGCGCAACCUAUACCAGCAAAUACAACGCCAAUGCACUUGACACCUUUCACAGUACUGAGCCCGGCCAGCUUGGGUUCUUCAUCAACCAAUUGCCUUAUUUCUACUACCAGCCAGCUCUACCUAUCAGGAGAAAGAUCUUUGACAUCUCGGGUACCGACUUGUUGCCUCAGAUCGAUAUCAUUAUUUCCCAUCAAGACAUGGAUGCGAAACUGUUCAACUCGACCGUGCAAAACGGCGCAAAGGGUAUCGUGGUUGCGGGCACCGGUGCGGGCGGCGUGACAAGACCGGGCCUCGCGGUGGCGGAAGCCGUCUUUAACGCGACCGGAACUCCCAUUGUCGCCAGUCAUCGAACACCCGACGGCUUCGUGCCAUUCGAUCCAGACAAUGCAUUCCUGAUCCCCAGCGGAUUUUUGAAUCCGUGGAAAGCGAGGAUCUUGCUGCAAUUGGCCGUCAAUGCGGGAUACGAUUAUGAUGAGAUUGUCGAACUCUUCGGUCUGGGCCAACCAGCGUCUUGA